AUGGACGGAGGCGGAGGAAAUGUUGUCACUACCGGCGCGCUGGCCUCCAACGGUAUAGAUAACAGCGGCGGCCAUCAACAACCCCUCAACCAGAUCAAACAAGCCCUUGAAAUCGUCUACGACCCGCAUUCUACCAACGACUCCCGGAAACAGGCGGGGCUUUUCUUGGAGUCUGCAAAAAGUGAGAAGGAGGCCCCCUAUCAUGGCUUUACUUUAGCCUACGAUAGGGGUCAGAACGCCGUAGUAAGGCAUUUUGGACUGCUUCUGCUGGAACAUGCUCUAAAAUACCACUGGGAUGAAUAUUCGGUCGAAGAAAGUACCACGGUUCGGAACUGGAUUUUGUCCUUAGCUGAGAAUGUCAAGAUGGACGGGGGAGAUCCUGUGUAUUUACGGAAUAAGAUUGCACAGCUGUGGGUAGAGGUUGCAAAGCGCUCAUGGGCCAACGAGUGGCUAGACAUGGAUGAGCUUCUUGCCAAACUUUGGGAAAAUUCUUCGAGGGAAGGAAAUCCUGCACAACGAGACUUGGUCUUAUCAAUUUUGGAAAGUUUGGUUGAGGACGUUUUCAAUAGAGAGGAUUCGGUGGCCGGUAUUAGGAAUACACCAUUGAGCAAGGCGUGUAUAGACAUAUUUACGCCUAUGGCAGUGCUAAGAGAGCACUUUCCUCUGCGAGAUCCAAGUAUCGUUCUUGUAUCCGGGGAGGAAGGCUGGCUCGCAAGACUUGUGUGUAUGCUGGAACAAUGCCUGGAGGCGGGCGUGCAAGGCAAUUCCGAAGUUGAGGCGUGCGCGAUAAAGGUUUUGGGAACUUUGAAGGCUUGUAUGGCUUGGGCUAUCCCAAAAGCCAUAGCUGCAGCAAAAGUAGUGGAGACCGUUGGGCGAUCCCUAAUGGUAGAAACAAUAGCAGUACAAAUGGUUGCAACAGAGUGCCUUCACACUCUGUUUACAAGGAUCCUCAUUGAGGACGAUGACUUUCAGAAGAUUGUUUGUCCAAUGUACCAUGCCCAGACAGUGGAUUUGCUGAGAAAGAUCUUCAAUUGGGUACAAGUUGAUCCGAGUAAUACUGAUGAAGAACCUUAUCUCUUCUUGAAGAGGUUCUCGGAGAUGGUUGCCAACCUCGCCAGUUUUGUAGAAGAAAAGGCGAACUUGAUGCUGCCGGAAACCGACUUAUCGGAGUUUAUGAAAUUGCUGUUUGAGAUCACUAGUCAUAAUAGUCUGGCGGUUUCUAUACCAGUAUUAAACGUCUGGACCCGAAUUGUGAAGAAGGAUAUCCUUAGUGAGCAUGAAGCUGUUUUACCACUGAUACCCGGGUUGUUGGAGUUGGUCACCUCCCGGUUGAUGAGGUAUGAGGUCAUGGAGGAUGACUCGAAUCCAAUACUACUCUUCCUAAAUGAAGAUCUUGAUACUAUCCCAGAAAGACACGCGUUCCUUGGAAACUAUCGAAGGUUCUGUCAGAGUAUUGUCGAGAGCAUGGUAAGAAAACGACCAUUCGAGGCGUUUCCAUAUAUCAUGUCUCAAGCAGAGAACUCCUUAACUGGUAUAUAUAAUAGAAGCCCUUCGGUUAAUCUGGAAGAAUAUUGUAAAAAUUCAAACGCUUUCCUAGAGCUAGAUGCCCAGUUCACUGUCAUGGAGGCGGCUCUGAAAGGGUACAUCAGGUGGGCGGAUAGUAUUACUAAUAACCCUUCCGCUUCGCAAACAAACUAUAACAGCAAUCGAGACGAGCUGGAGCAACGGCUUGAGGCAUGGUGUGAACGAGUUCUUAAUAUGAACUUUGAAGAUCCCAUGAUACGAAGGAGAGUAAUUCAACUAAUGGUUACGGUUUCUACCUCGGCCUUGCACAAAAAGGCAGAUUUGAUGCUGAAGAUUCUUGAACAUGUUCUGCUUACCAGGCCAGUCGAACAUCCAAACCAUGCCUAUACGGAUGCUGUCAAAGAGCUCAUGAGUGUUUGCACUACCGAAAUUCAGCGGUUGGCGAUGAAAAUGCCAGAUCAUUUAAUGCUGGUCUACGAUCAACUUCAAACUAAAAUCAACGAGAUUGUAGCCACAGAGAACGUUGAUGACCGUACCAGAAUAGCUUUUCACACGUUCCUCUUCACGAUAAACCACCGAACAAAAAAUAUUGACCCACAAUUGCGUCAAUCACGGUUGGAAGGAUAUAUCUUCCCAGUUCGUGAGGCCUGGAGGGAUCCGGUACUUACCGAGUCUCUGCAGACUUUUCAAGGCUUCUGUCAAGUUUUGGGACUGGACAAGGUUCAAGAUUACUUAAUUUCAAGGCGUGUAAACGAAAUUUCGGACUUUACGAAACAACCUUUGGACGAAGAGGGCCAAGUCUUACAACUCGAGCUUACGGAGAAGUUCAAAAACCUACCAAUACGAACUACAAAAGCUUUCUUGGCCGUUUCCACUGAGCAGUUGAGAAAGCCAUCAAAUGCAUAUAACAUUUCAUGUGCGCUCUGGCAUGAUUCUAUACCUAUGAUUCUUCCUAAUUUGCUUAAAUUUCUCAGCCACGCACAUGCUUUCCACAAUCCAGCGACCUGGCAAGGGCUUCAACCUGAAUUACAGAGUGUUAUCCGGAAAAUUUUAACAGAUCGUUUCUGGCAAGCUGGAAUAUCUACUGGUAGCCGAGAUGAGUUUUACGAGAACGUAACAAAAACAAAGACGACGAUGGAGGGCCUCGCUUCCUCUAUCAGGGGUGCCAUACGAAUGGUUAGGGAGGCUUGCUACUCAAUCUUGUGGUGCAUGUCAAGGGUGGAUGUCCAUUUCUAUGGACUAAAUGAACUUCCAGGGCCGCUUGCAUUAGCGCUUUUCGCGGAUGCACACGCCUUAAGCUCCCAUCAGAUGUCGAUUCUAUUAAAUAUGACGAGAUACAUCAUUGAUGACUGCCCGACGACACUUAGAGCACACUUUUUAACGCCAUUGCUAGCAAGCCUAUUCGCCCAAGUAGACCGUAAGAUUCGUGGAGAAUGGGACGAGCUUAUGAAGAAGGGACAGAUUACUCAAGAUGAUGAUAAGCUAGCCGAGGAAAUGAAGGAGGAAAGCAUUCUCAGGCAACUUACGUAUACAGCGGUUUUGAUUGUUGCAGGGCUCCUGGAUCCCCAGAGACCCGGCGAAGCAGUCAACGCAAAUCCGGGUUUUCUAAGCCAGGUUGCAGCGCCAGAAUCACAAAGUGUUGGGCCUGGGGAACAAAUAAUGAGAGAAUUUAUACUAUCAAUGGAUUCUGUCUUAGAACCAUUGAUUUUAUUUUGCACCCAUGCAUUGAGGAUGAGAGAUUCAAGAUGCUGUGGAAUUAUCAUCAGGGUUUUUAGAUCGAUCGUGCCAGAGUUUCAGGCGGAUCGUCCUGACAUAAGAGAAUUCAUCUGCCGGGAGGUGCUUAUGGCCGCUAUCCACUCUCUUCACGAGGAUUAUUUCGUCGAUGUCCAGAAAGAUCUUGCGCAGCUUAUUGCUACUAUAUUCUUGCUAUACUCGCCCACAUCAUUAACACCCCGAGACCUACUCUUGUCACUUCCUGGUAUUACGGAAUACAAAGUCGACAGCUGCUACAAGAAGUUAACUGUAGCUACUAGUACACGUCAGCAACGUGCAUUGAUACUAGAGCUGCUUGACGGUCUACGUGGGGUCGCAGUUAGUGAAAAGGGCAAACUUCUAAAAUCCGCACCAGCCGUCAAACAGAGAACUCAGACGGAGAGGAAGCAACAAAUGCAAUACGCAGAAAAACGACAAGAAAGCCCGGACCUCGGUGGGGUUGCAGAUAUGUUUGCAUAA